UUCAUCCCGCAGCCAAAAUGGAGCUCCGUUUCCAGAACGGAGGUAGAUGAUCCAUGGUCGAUCGCCUGAAAUCGAGCUUCCUUCUCAGUGAGAAAUUCCUCUUUUUUUCCUCUUUCGAUUGAUAGUCUGGUUCCUAGGAUUCAAUGAGGUUUCGAAGAUGGUAUUGUUCUCUUUCUUCGUUGCCAUCUCCUUCCAAGAAGGUUUCCAAGCGGAGCGAAGUGGCCAAGGUGAAGAGAACCAUGGCUAUCAAGUCCUUCGUUCAGAGGUAUAUGCUGGCAAACCCUGGAGUCUUUCCCAAACCAACAGAAGUUCGUGAUGCUGUUGGUGGAUCAUGGAACAUUGUGAAAGAAAUUCUCGCAAAAAUGAAAGCAGAGAUGCUGCCUGCUUCUCAAAUUGAUCAGUCAACUGCAAGUACAAGCUUCGUAGCAGAUGGUUCUGAUGCUAAAGAGGUGGAAGGAAAUAUGGGCAGUGGCACAGUCAACACAGAUGAAGGGUUUGGGGCAUUAACUGAAAUGCUCGAUGUGGCAAAAUCGCGUACCAUGGAAGAUAAAGAUUCAGCAGUUUUAGCAUCAGUGAAGAAUUCAGAAAAUUUUGAGGUGCUUCAACCCAAAAAGAGGCAAGAAACAAUGGAGGAUUUCACAACUUCUGGUUCUGUUAGCAACCAGCAUUUACUUUGUUUAAUGAAUCAAAUUGUUGGAGAAGGAAAACAGAAUACAGUGGCUAAAGAUACUCAUAGACACUCCUUGAAGGCAAAAACUCUGGAAGAUGCUUCUUCACCCUGCAGAAGUGAGGGCUACAGAAGAAGAAUAGAUGGCAUGGCUUCAAGUCAUUAUUCCUUGGCUCCGAACCAGAAAAACUCAGAAUUAGACAACACAUCACCCAGAAAUCCUGUUAGUUUGGUUGAGUUAUUUACCCAUAGAGCUGAAAAGAUCAGUUUUGAUUGCCCAAAUGUUAACACUUUGAAGAGAGUGACACCUGUGAAUUUUAGUGAGGAAGGCCCCAGCUCAAUGAAUCAAACUGUUGGAGCAGAAGAAAACGAACAAACUACAGUGACUGCAGAUACUAAUAGGUACUCCUUUAAGGCCAAAUCUCUGGAAGAUGCUUCUUCUCCCUGCAGAAGUGAAGAUUACGGAAGAAGGAUAGGUGGCAUGGCUUCAAAUCAUGAUUCCUUGGCCCUGGACCAGAGAAACUCAGAAUUGGGCAAAACAUCACCCAGAAAUCUUCCUAGUUUGGUUGAGUUAUUUAACCGAAAUGCUGAAAAUAUUGUGCUUGACUGCCCAAAUGUUGACACUAUGAAGAAAGUGACACCUGUAAAUCUUAGUGAGGAAGGCCCUGGUUCACUUGAAAAUCUCAAAAAACAUCCAAACUUGAGUUACAAUUAUGUGUUUGGUGAAAAGAUCAUGAAACAAGCUGAUUAUUUAAAGCUUAAGAAAGUGCAUAGUGAGGAAUCCGAGAUGCAACUGGGAGUUAAAGGCAAUCUUGAUGGUAUUGUUAAGCUUACAAGGGAUACACUAAAGAUGGAAUCUUGGGCUGAUAAAUCUUCGAAUAAAAUUAAUUUACCUUGCAAAGAAGCUUCUGUAGGAAAUUCAAAGGCGUUUGUACAUCAGAGCUUGAAACAUUUGGGUUUGAACGAUCAGCAUACAUCCAGGAGCCAGCUUGAGAAGAAACAGGCUAAUAUGCCUUCUGAAGGCCCUGGUUCACUUGAACGUCUCAAUAAACAUCCGAACUUGAGUUACGAUUAUGCGUUUGGUGAAAAGAUUAUGAAACAAGCGGAUUAUUUAAAGCUUAAGAAAGUACACAGUGAGGAGUUCGAGAUGGAACUGGGAGUUAAAGGCAGUCUUGAUGGUAUUGUUAAGCUCACAAGUGAUACGCUAAAGAUGGGAUCUUGGGCUAAUGAAUCUUCGAAUAAAAUUAAUUUACUUCGCAAAGGAGCUUCUGUAGGAAAUUCAAAGGCGUUUGUACAUCAGAGCUUGAAACAUUUGUGUUUGAACGAUCAGCAUACAUCCAGGAGCCAGCUUGAGAAGAAACAGGCUAAUAUGCCUUAUGAAGUAACUGAAAGUGAAGAAAAUGAGGAUUCAAAUUGCUUAAAACUGGAGACAAUUCUAUUGGACAAAGAUGAGAAGGCAGUGGACACAUCUGAUGGGCUGAACUCUCUAUUUAUCAGUGAUGAGAGUGAUUCUGAUAUCUCUGCUUUUGAAUAUCCAAGUCCUGAACCAAAUAAUGAGGUUCUUUCUUCAAUGAAAGGAUUUCAUGUAAAUAUAAAUCGACACGAUGAAAAAAUCGCCCUUGACAACAGGCUGCUGGUGUAUUUUUUGCCUAAAAUAGCCAAGGUGAAAGAUCUUAUCCAAGCUUUUGGUGACUCUGGGCCUAUUUCUGAAAUCAAUAUACUUCCAUCAAGGGAAAACCGUUUCAACUAUGCGCAAGUUUUCUUCAAGACAAACGAGGGACUGAGAAAAGCUCUAAGCAAAACCGAUGUGGCUGUAGGUGGUGCUGAUGUUGCUAUGAAGGCUGCCAUUACACCAUCAGAGAUAUGUGACAGAAUGUUUUGUACAGAGCAAGUUAACAAUGCAGAUUUCCCUGACCAUUUUCUAAAACAUCCAAGCCGAACAGUCGUUAUAAAUGGAUUACCUGACAAUUUAUCUUUUAAUCACCUGAAGUGUGCACUCUCUACCUGGGGAAGAAUCACCAGCGUUGUUAUGGGAGCUUCCGUUUCCACCGUAUUCGUUGAAUUUGAGUCGGAAAAAUCAAAAGAAAGAGCUCUCGCCAAAGCGACCAUCUCAAUAUCAGGAUUAACACUAUCUAUCCUUCGGGUGGAUGCCCCGAAAACAACCAUCAUCCGAAUAUCAAAUGUGAAUCCUGUCAGCGGAGCAACAAAAGUUCACUCAAUCUGUGAUUCAUUCGGAAAAGUCAAGAAAGUGACCGGACGAUAUAUCGACACUUUCGACAUCCAUUUCAAAUUGUCAGAAUGGUCCAACAUGUUGAAGAUUAUCAACAGGUUAAACGGCCUCGUAGUUGAUCAGCACAAAUGGACUGCACAACCGGCAACUCUCAUUCCAGCUGAGGUACUUCAAGCACUAUGGAACAAACCUGAAGGUCAAAAACAAGUGCAUGAGUUGGUUCGAAAUAUUUGCGAAAGAAUAAGCGAUGAAUCGAUAGAUACAUCGAUAGAUACAUCUUUGCUUAGCCUCGCAGAAGAAUAUUCAAGAUCAUGAGAUCUUCGUUAAAUUCUUUGAACUUAAUACAUGCAGACUUAUGAAGCUAUUUUUGGUGAUUUUGAUUCAUAUGUUUAUAUCAACUACUGAUGAAACCUCAUCUGGUUGAUCCCUCUUUUUGUAGACCAUGUCAUUGUAAUCACUUAGUUCUCUGUUUGAGCAGCAGAAAAUUUUGUCAAUGUAACUCUCUGUUUGUGUGCUCUUUUUUUU